AUAUAGUCUACUCGGUAAUCUAUUAUUAUUAUGGAUGAAUAUAUUGAAUUCGGUCGUUAUGGUCGGACUUUAUUAUGGAUUUCUAACCACAUUUUCUAUAGGUCCCUCUUAUCUCUUACUUCUAAGAACUCGGGUUAUGAAAGAAGGGAGCGAAAAAGAAGUAUCAGCAACAACUGCUUUUAUUAUGGGACAGUUCAUAGUAUUCAUAUCGACCUAUUAUCCGCCCUUGUAUCUAGCAUUGAGUAGACCCCAUACACUGACUGUCCUAGUUAUACCGUAUCUUUUGUUUCAUUUUUUGUUCUUCUGGAACAAUAAGAAAUCCCUUUUUGAUUAUAGAUCUACUCACGGGAAUUUCAUUCCUAACCUUAGCAUUCAAUAUGUAUUCCUGAAUAAUCUAAUUUUUCAAUUAUUCAACCAUUUUAUUUUACCAAGUUCAACAUUAACCAGAUUAGUCGACAUUUCCAUGUUUCGAUACAACAAUAAGAUUUUAUUUGUAACAAGUAGUUUUUUUGGCUGGUUAAUUGGUCACAUGUUAUUGAUGAAAUGUAUUGGCUUAGUAUUAUCUUGGCCAUGGGAAAAAAUGAGAUCUAAUGCACUUUUUAGAUCUAAUAAUUAUCUUAUGUCAAAAUGGAGAAAUUCUGUAUCUCAAAUCUUUAGUAUUCUCUUAUUUAUCAUCUGUAUAUGCUAUCUAGGAAGAAUGCCAUCACCCAUUAUAACUAAAAAACUGAAAGAAAGUUCAAAAGGGGAAGAAAAGAAUAAAACUGAAGAAGAAGGAAAUGUAGAAAUAGAAACAGUUUCGAAAACAAAUAAGAUAGAACAGGAAGAAGAUAGAUCCGUGGAAGAAGACCUUUCCAUUUCUUUGGAAGAGGAAGAAAGGUGGAAUCUUUACAAGAAGAUAUAUGAAACAGAGGAGAUCUGGUUGAAUGGAAAGGAAGAAGAUGAAUUCGACCUGAAAGAGAAAGAAAAGAAUGAACUUUUAUGGAUUGAAAAAUCCCUUCUGUCUCUUCUUUUCGAUUAUCAACGAUGGAAUCGACCUCUGCGGUAUAUAGAAAAUGAUCGAUUUUCAAAUGCUGUAAGAAAUGAAAUGUCUCAAUAUUUUUUUAAUACAUGCGAAAGUGAUGGAAAGCAAAGAAUAUCUUUCACAUAUCCACCUAGUUUGUCUACUUUUUUUGAAAUGAUACAAAAAAGAUGUCUUUUCGCACAGCGGAAAAACUACCUGCGGAGGCCCUCUCUAAUGAAUGGGUUUCGACCACUAAAAAACAAAGAGAUAACUUAAGGAACGAAUUCAUAAAUCGAAUUGAAGCUAUAGACAAAGGAUCUCUUAUCCUCGAUGUGGUCGAAAAAAGAGCCAGAUUGUGCAAUGAUGAAGAGGAACAAGAAUGCUUACCUAAGUUUUAUGAUCCUCUUUUGAACGGACCUUAUCGUGGAACAAUAAAAAAAGGGUAUUUAUAUUCAAUUAGGAAUGAUUCAACUACCUCCAC